AUGGCGUCGAAUGGUACCUUGGAACAUGCUGGGAAGUCGGAAAACCUGACUGAGGCUGAAGUUGUGGCGCGUUUUGACCAGCUGGCCAAAGCUGGCCGACUGUUUUACGACUACGCGUUCAGAACGGAGACUGCGCAGAGCGAGAAAAUGCUGGUCGAGUUCCGUAUCUCCAAGGCUCUUGCAAGCAAACCAUGGCAGACGACAUCCACUCUGGAUGUAGCCACGGAGCCUGGAACAGGACCGAAACCUGGAAGCGACAUCAAUGUCAAUGGCUUGGGCGUCCAAAAUUUGAAUGGCACCCAUGAGCUCACUCUCAAUAUGUUCUCGUCGUAUCGCCCUCAUCUUCUCAUGUUGACGAAUGAUGGUUACAGGCGACAGUGGGAGCCUCUCGACAUAGACGAUUUCCGAGCUGCGACUCAGUUCCUAUCGAAUAUGGACCAAGACUACCUAGUGUUUUACAACUGCAGGGUCGAGGGCGGCUGUAGUAGGGUGCAUAAACACCUGCAGGCCAUACCCAAUGAGUCCUUCAAUGGCAACUCCUGGGUCAACAUCGACAAUGACGCUGUCCCGUUUGCAUACUAUCAGGCCAGGUUCACAACCCCCCCAGACCCUGAAGCUUAUCUCAAAGCCUACCAAGCUGGUCUUGAAGCCGUGGAGAGAUCGCUAGGAUCUAAAACGACCCUGGAGGAUGGGGCGCCCCCGCACAACAUGAUCAUGGACCGGAAUCGAAUGAUUGUCGUUCCCAGAAGGGCUGCGGGGAUAGAUCCCCUGGGUGCAAACUCCGGAGGGAUGUUGGGGACCAUCUGGACACAAAGCGACGAGAAAGUACAGCAGUGGAAGGAUACCGGGGUUUCCAGACUGUUGGGGGCGGCCGGGAUUCCCAAGUUACUAUGA